AGAGUAAGAGAGGAGGGCUGAUCACGCGAAGGAUGAGUGAAUGGAGUUUGGCAGGGUGCGUUCAACCUUCAGCAGUCAGUGCGCUGUGGCAAAGAACCCAGAGUGUCACUUCUUUUCUGAUGGAGAAGACCCGUCUGCCUUGGACCCUCCUCCAAGUCAAGUUUUUCAUUACUGCCUAGAAAAAUACUUAAUUCGGAGGACUUAUCUGUCCACCUCGAAUGUCUUCCUUUUGCCGGCAGUGGGAGAAACUUAGUGACAUGUAGAAAGGAUUAAGAGUAAAAGGAAAGAAAAGACCAAGGAAGCAAAUGUGGAGAACCUAAAACCAGAAAUAGAAAUAAAGAAGGCAGGAUGAAAGGGAUGGGAAAGACUACAGAAAAUAAAAGCCCAUGGGAAUAAGAGAAGAGAAGAGAAAAAAGAGAGAGAGAGAGAGAGAGAGAGAGAGAGAAAAUAAUGAUUUACUGCUAAGAAAAGUUUCUCUCCUAAGUUCUGUAGGUCAAGAAGUCAGACAAGGCACAGAGCAUAGAAAGGAGGUAGGAGAUGCGCGGUGAGCAAUCCUCAAGAAGCAGGAGCUCAGCCCAAUGGGAGUGAAAGUCCACGCCAUCUUGAUCUCUGCCCUGGUGUAUUUCAUCCAGCUUCUUCCUUGGGCAAGAUGUGAAGAGAACUGUGUCAGUCCUGAACAUUGCCUGACCACAGACUGGGUACAUCUCUGGUAUAUAUGGUUGCUGGUGGUCAUCGGCGGGCUGCUUCUCCUGUGUGGCCUGACUUCCAUGUGCUUCCGCUGCUGUCUGAGUCGCCAGCAAAGUGGGGAAGAUGAGGGCCGGCCACCCUACGAAGUGACGGUCAUCGCUUUUGAUCACGAUAGCACUCUCCAGAGCACGAUCACCUCCCUGCAGUCAGUGUUUGGCCCUGCAGCUCGGAGGAUCCUGGCAGUAGCCCACUCCCACAGCUCCCUGGGCCAGCUGGCCUCCUCCGGGGACACCCUUCCUGGGUAUGAGGAAGCUCUUCACAUGAGUCGCUUCACCGUUGCAAGGUGUGGGCAGAAAGCACCUGACCUACCCCCAGUGCCAGAAGAAAGGCAGCUGCCUCCCAUGGAGAAGGAAUCUCCUCAAGUAGAACACUCUUCAAAUUGACGGGAACUUUGGUUUUAUAAAUAGGAUGGGGUAUCCCUACAGUUGGUAAAGAUAGACAAAUGGAACUUUUUUUAAAUUAACUUUCAGAAGAUUAAGGAUGUCCUCUAAACACCAUUCGGUGGGAAAGCUGGAUUUCAAAUCUUCAUUUCCAGCCCCAUAUCUUUGGGUGUGGAAUGCUCUAAUCAGGAACUUCCAUUCUUUAUCCAAUACCAAAAUUUGCAGCUAACCUCUAGCAAUGCUGACUACUACCAAACCAGAAAAGCAUCAAAGUUGCUUGAAUUCCCUCAACUAUUGAAAUCCUUUACCCAAAAGACACUGUGAGUUGCUCUUCUCUGCCAGCUCAUAGAUAGAAUACACUUGAGGAGAAAGACAGUUGUAAGCAUUAAUGCACCAAAUUCAUGCUUUCUCUUGAGAGAACACCCACUUUUAUACUCAGUGACAAUGAUAACCUUGGAUAUCACAUAAUAUUUAACUGGCUUACAGGUAUGGGCUAGGAGAACACAGUAUAUACUGAAGUGCCAAAUAUGAAGGUCUUUCUCUCAUGUUGGUCAUAUCUACCGGUGGUCUUGGACACAGCACAGAGUACAGUAACAGUUCUAUUCCUUUUUCAGUUCCCCUGUCAUGAACACAUGCAUGCACGCACAUGCUUGUGCUUGCACACACAAACUGAAAGAAGGGCAUUGCUUUGCUUCUCUCCUCCUUCCUGCUUUGACCACUUAAAGCCAAGAGUCUGUAGUGACGAACCCUAGUCUGUAGUGGUGGCAUUUACUGCCACCUAGCGUAGCCAUAAUAGAAAUGCAUUCUCCUAUUGGAGCCACUCUGCACUCAUCUCCAGCUCUGACUGAACUAAGACUGGAUGAGAUCCUUCCCAAGGCACCAUCCUGUUGAGUAAUGUUAACCCUUCCACCUGACAUACUACAUCUAAAAUAUACUACUAUAUUUGGUGAGAAACUGCUCACAGUGACCUUAGAUAACUCAAUGAAAUCAUUAAAGCACAGUUUUCUCAUCUGUAAGCUAGGCAGACGAUAGUAAUGCCUCACAGGUUUGUUGUAAGGAUCAAAUAAGCUAAAUAUAUGUGACAAGAUUUGUAAAGUAGUAUGUGCAUGUAUUUGUGUUAUUCUUGAUACAGAUGUCUAAUUUUUACUUUGCCUGUUAUGAUUUUACUGAAAAUUAUGUUCUGACUUGUCCUUUUGCUGUGUUAUUGCUAAAUCAUACCUGAAGUAGCUUUGUUUCAUCAAUAAUAUUUGUUAAUCGAGGUAAACAACUACAGAUAUGUGAUUCCUCUUAAUAUGCUCUGUGUAGAGGUAAUGAACAGAUUUAUUAGAAAACUUUUUUUUUAAGCAAUUAGCUCCAAUACUCAGGGAGACAUUACAGACCCUGGGGAUGGCUGAUUAAUGCAGUGCCUCAUUAAACAUAUUUUUUGGAGGAAUGCUCACUCACCCCAGCCAGAGGGGAAAUUUUCCAAAUAUAAACUUGCUGGUAAUCUGCAUUUAUCCUGAGUCAUUUAUCAAAUUGCCUCUGGAAAUUGUUGAAAUGCAUGACUCGUUAAUAGCACCUGAGGUGGCCUGGUUGUGCCACUGCCACAUGAAUCACUUCAUUACCACACAUUCCAUAAAAUAUUCUUGGCUUAAUCAUUCUGCAAGACCAUAGUCAUAAAGAAGUUAAAAUGUCAUCAGGUAUAGAAAGAUCUUGGGUACUCACUUCAGCAGCACAUAGGCUAAAACUGGAACGAUACAGAGAAGAUUAGCAUGGCCCCCGUGCAAGGAUGACUCACAAACUGAUGAAGUGGUCCGUAUUUUUAUAGAUAAACAAAAAUAAAAAGAUCUGGGAAGAAA